AUGAACGCGGGGAGGUUCGUCAAGUGCGUCACCGUCGGCGACGGAGCUGUGGGGAAGACCUGCAUGCUCAUCUCCUACACCAGUAACACCUUCCCCAUGGUAAGCGAUCGUCGAAUUCCUCAGAAACCUGCCGAGAAUCGGGGGCUUUGAUCGGCGGUUGUUACUCGCUUGGCUGAUUUCCUUUCCUUGUUCCGGUGGGGAUAGGAUUAUGUUCCUACAGUCUUCGACAACUUCAGCGCCAACGUGAUCGUCAAUGGCAGCACGGUGAAUCUCGGAAUCUGGGAUACUGCCGGUGAGCUCCUCCACCUUCUCCUUCCUCGCAAAUCUCCUCGAUCUGCGCAGUUCAUAUGAUUCGAAAAGUAGUCUCGAUUUGGGGUUUCUUACAUCUUACCAAAAUCAUGGUAGGGUUUCUUACGUCUUACCAAAAUCAUCCACUGUAAACCGUGUUUCUGGUAAAGGAUUUGGGGACAGGGAAAGAGAAAGGCUCCCUGCAAAAUCCCUGGCCAUGUCCGUCGUUAAUGCUUCUCAGAGCAAUCCACCAUUUCUGCUAGGACGAAGCUGCCGCUCGUUCAUCGUAGUUUCUCGGUCUGGUCACUAAGCUUUCAAGAAAAUUGUUCAGAAGAAAGCUCCAAUCUCCACAUGAAUCCAUUUUACAGGUCAGGAGGACUACAACAGGCUCAGGCCUCUCAGCUACAGAGGAGCAGAUGUCUUCCUGUUAGCCUUUUCACUCGUCAGCAGGCCCAGCUAUGAAAACAUCUCCAAGAAGGUUUCACGUCCUGAAUCCCCUUCUAGACCUGGUUUCUUCCCUCUGAUGCCACCCGCUGGUUUCCAUCUCCUGUUGCAGUGGGUCCAUGAACUGAGGCACUAUGCACCGUCUGUACCUGUUGUGCUCGUGGGAACAAAGCAAGGUAGCCUCCGAUGUUGAUCUCAUAAUCUCCAUAUUAUUCAGGGAAUGAUACCGUCAAGUUCAAUAAACAGAGGUUAUCUAGAAUAUCUGCGUCAUGCUGGCUGGCGUUAGGGGAUAAUAUCAUUCAUCGAACAUUAUUUUAGAUGGCAGUAUAAAGUUUUUGAUGUAGUCUGUAAAUAAUUUUUCCAUGACGAUGUUCCUCAUCAUUCUUCUGCUUCGAUUGGGUCCUGCAGAUUUGCGGGACGACGAGCAGUUCUUGGUCGACCACCCUGGUGCAACUCCCAUCACUACUGCCCAAGUAAAACCUCUAACACAGGAGAAAUCACAGGAUAUCCAGGAAUUCAUAUCUGUUCCUGAUCAUUUUACUUCUCUUUUCUUUUUUAAUCGAGCCAGGGGGAGGAACUGAGGAGGCUGAUUGGCGCCGCUGCCUACAUAGAAUGCAGUGCCAAGACUCAGCAGGUAUGCUCAGAUGAAAUCACCAGUUUACAACGAAUCUUUUGAUUAUUUCACUCAGUUAUUUUCUUGGGCAUCGGAGUAGAGAAAUUAUCUCAUGGGUUGCCAUUGUUCUCCUGCUAAUUGGCAGAAACAAAACCCUUGUAGAAUCACAGCCGGUAGCUAUCAUAUCCCAUGUAUUCUCGCUCCUACUGUGGCUAUAAACAUGUUCAUGUGGGAUUCAGCUGGCGUCUCAGAUCAGACGACCAAAUCAUCUUAGAUCUAAAUUAUCUGAAGUUCAGAAAAUAAUGAAUGCCCCCUCGCCUGCUUUUUUUUUUUGUUUUCUCGUUGCAGAAUGUGAAGGCGGUGUUCGAUGCUGCCAUCAGGGUGGUGCUGCAGCCACUGAAAACAAAGAGAAGGAAGCGGAAGCAGAGAUCCUGUAUAUUUCUGUAA